UCUGCCGGGUCACGUGGCAUUGGCAUCAGCGCCGUCGACAUGGUAACGCGGCCGGGCUUGCUAGAAGGCUUCCCCGCUGUUCAUGGUGUGACGCGAGGCGCAGGGUCACAUGGCCCGUGACGCCAGCGUCAUCACCAUAGUUACACAACAAUGCUGGAAAGAAGGCACUCCUCCCCAUCGAGGGGCGGAUUGCCAUGCCCACUAGCCCCAUCCCGCCCCCUCCAGCAGAACGAUUGUAAACAGCAGAUGGCAAUCCCAUCUGAUCAGAAUCCCUGGGAGGGGCCGAGCUACACGGCCCUCCCAGGUCAUGUCCACCCCAUAAAUAGAGCCAACAUAUGACCAGUUCUCCCAGCACCCUGCGAGCUGAAGGGAGUAACGCUGGUAUUACAAUACCCCAAUCACGGUGAGUGCCUGUUCUACCUUAUACUCAAACAAGCCUUUUUGUAACCAACCUAACCUCACUCUAGCAUGUACCUCUCCUUACCAUGCAUGCCUCAGUUUCUAUCUAUAUACGUCUGCUCCACAGGCAUUCGGCACCAGGUUCCUCUCUACAUAUAGAGCCCGGGAUUCCCCCUAGCAACUCUAAGAGGAUCGUCCGCAUUGGACUCAGUAAACCCCCUGACCUGCUGCACUUUUGCCCUAACAAGCCCUACAUUUGGGAUACCGUGUGUUUGGGAUCAAUCGGAGCCAUCCCUCCCCUUUCUCUUUUCUUACUUAUGAGACCCCAUAAGUCGGCCCUGGGGAUAUCCUAAACCGACAAGUUGAGGGUCAAUUUUCAAACCCUGGUUUACCACAAACGGUAUGUUGAUCAUAUACAUUAUAGUAGAGGUAUCUCUAACAACUACUUAAAAUAUGGAUCCAUAUACACCUGAUGAUAUGAUAUAAUAUAAUGAUGUGUGUUUUAUUUUUAGAGAGAGAAAAACAGCUUGUAAUCACACACUCCUGUGGCCCCUGAUGAAGGUCUGUUGCUCCAUCAAUAGACCAGAAACGCGUCGGGCAUUUCUCCACUACUCUCUACAGAGUGUUUUUUAAUCUAAUUGUAUUGUAUCUUCACGAGGUUUUAUUUGAGUACUUUCUUGUUGUUUCCUAUUUUCUCCUGGGUCCACACAUGGGACGUGUGCCCCAGGUGUCACUUUAUCACUACUUCUUAUAUGUUUUUUAUUCUUAUUAUACAUAAUUUCUGACUGUUCCAGAAGAUUUCUGUAAUCCAACAUCCAGAAUUACUCUGUAAUUAAGUGUUUACCCAUCUUGGUGCAAAUAUCUAAUAAAUUAAAAAAUUUUUAUAUAUACAUUGGAGUCUGGCCUUAAAAGUCCCAUCUGGGGGUAAUCGUUUUUCUUUCUUGUCUAAACUACCAGGGAUGUGGCCAGUCCCCACUUCCAGGAACAUAUGAACCCUUCUCCUUCUUUAUAUAUUUGCCUAUAUAUCGGGUAGAAAAUACCCAACCCCCACCUUCCUUUCUAGGGUUCAUAGCACCUGUUCCUUUCGCCCCACAAAGAGUCCUACCUGUGCAUAUAACUGGAGAUACUCCUCAGGUGAUUGCACAUAAAAAACUUCUUUUGGUUUAACUACUGGGCAACCCAAUAUGGGAUUAAACACUUGAUGUUGAAUCUGUAUAAUAUAUUUGGAAUAAGCACGUUUCUGAUACACCCUAUUAACCUUGUGGUUAGAACGUCUUUUCUUACCCCCCUUUUUUUCUUUCUUUCUAUAAUACUGCACACAGCAUCAAGCACAACAUUUGACUAAUAUUGUUUAAUAAACGAAACUAGGAGAGCAACCAUGUUUAGAGGAAAAUAAUUUGAUACCCUGAUGAGCCAAUAUAGAGAUCAUGGUGCUAAAGAGGCAAAAGGAUCAGAAAUGACUGCACUCUUCUCCCAAUUAAAAAUAUUGGUGGAGAAGAAGGUAGCCAUGUUCUGGCAGGUUGAAAACUUCGAGCAUUACAUUAGAGAAGAAAUCAACCCUUUAGGAUUGAGGGUGCAAAUAUUCCCCACUUUUGAGGAUAUGGACAAUAUGUUUAAAAAACGGUGGGAGAACAAUUUGCAACAGUGCACAAAAAUAAUGAUGAAGCUCCUCAUUGAGGAAUAUCAAAAAAGAAUACUAACCUCGGAAAAAGAGAUUGAUGAGCUAUACAAUCAACUAGAACCGUUUAAGGAUAUGGAUACUUACAAAGAUCAGGAACAAAAGAUAAAGGGACACAUAGACACCACUGUCAAGGAUCUCAUCACCAAAAAAGAACAAAACUUCUGGAGAGACAAAAUGGCGUUCAAAGAGGGCAAGGCUUAUCGCUGGUUAAUACGCAAAAAUCAAAAUCGUCCCCAAAGGAGAACCAACCUGAAGAAAACAAAGGGUUGGAAAAAUGAUUUAGGGUCAAAUUCCUCACUAAAUUCCUUAUCAUCUGCUCGUUCACAGUCGACAACUCAGAGCAGUAGGAAACAAAAAUGGACAUCCCCUGAGAGGGGAAAUGACAAUAAGAGACACAUCAGUGACAAUGGCCCAACAGCACAACCCACACCAACGGAAGCUAAAGGACCCCCUUUGGGGAGGGGAAAACAUCCCACAACUACUGAAGACACCCACCAAGGGGGCAACAUCAAUGAUCCAAAAUGACUUAAGGAAACAUGCAGAGGGAAUAAUGACUCCUUCAGCAUCAUAAAUCUGUCCCAAUAUCCGCUAUCCCAAGAUGAAACUAAUAUUCUACAGAAGGGCCUUAGCUUCUGCCCUUCAAAAGAUGUGGACACUUUUGACCUAAUAAAAGAUCUGCAUUUAUUUGCGAGAAAACUCAUCCUUAAAAGCCUCUAUGAAAAACCAGUUCCGACCAAUGGACCAACUGCCAGAGAAGAACAGGCCAUGAACGAUUUGAUCGCCCUAUUGGACGAACAGACAAAUAGAGAUCUCAUAGAUAGAAUAGAUCUAAAAACAUUUCUGGAAGAACAGGUGACACCAACUGAAGGAGGCCUGUCUAAGAAAUCCUUGUUGAAGAAGAAAUCCAACAAAUUUCCACCUCUAACUUUGAACUCGAAUCUCAAUGCGUUCAUAGCAAUGACAACAAGGGAUCUAAUGAACUUGAAGAAAGGCCACAGCCCCAACAAUAUAUCACACCAGGAACAAAAGGCUCUAAAACUCUUAGCCAAUCAAAAACAAUUGACGAUA